CACACUACAACCACUCCCAGUCAACCUAGCCAUCCGACUUCCUCACACCACAAAACCAAAACCGAUCCCACCACUACCAUCCCACCACUUCAACCCUCCUACCCGCACUCUAUUAGGGUUGUCGCCUGCUUGCCCUCGCCAGAUCGGUCUGUAAAAUAUUCCCUCCCGCCGCGAUCCCAGCCCCAGCCACUCGUUCUUUCAUGCAAGGCCGCGCUCUGCAGCAUUCUCAAUCGCCCGAUCCUGUUGCGCCGUCCCCUCGACGAGUGCGCUGAUCGAGUCGCAAGACGUAACGAGGAUCCUCUCCGUAGCUUUGCGCUCAUGGUCGCUGGCCACAGCGGAUAGCGCAUGCGAUCUUGCUUAGACGUCUUCAUCUUCAACUCGCAUCUUGGUUCCGCCGCCACCAGCCAAGAUAGAGUCGACGGAGCGGAGAAAAGCUGGAGAGGGGGUCGCUUGGGGUUCUCAGAAGGGGGCAGAGCGGUUGGCAGGACCUCGAGACGGAGAGAGCAUGCCUGGAGUCAUAAUGGAGAAUCGGAGUCGGAAUGGACCGCAUACGAAUCAUGACAGAGAUCAACGGCCGAAUGGACUCAAUGGAGCGGGAUAUGCCUCGGAAAAGGGAUUGGACAAAGGAAAGGGUCGAGCAGAGCCACUGCAGAAUGUGACGCCAAUAAGUCCAACCAUACCCAAUGGAAUAAAUGGUGCAUAUUUGCCAGGCUCGCGACAGCAACGAGGAGACGAUGUCAUCCCGAGCGAUGCUCAAGCCAUGAUUGAUCAAUUGCCGCCCGAGAUUGCCCAUAUCACACAAGGCUAUGAGCCUCUCUCCAAGUUGCUCUCGCGAAUGGCGCAAAAGACACAUAAUGAUCAGAAACGAACCAUUAUGGAAUUGCAACAAAUGCCAGCGCCGGCCACGGGAAGCCUAGGAGCGACGGAUGAUAACAGUGAGGAGAAUAUCAAGAAAAAACUGAAAGUUUUGAAAUUUGCCCAGGAUGCACACACAGACUGGACAAAGGCUCUCGUUAUCACGAGCUGGAGUCGGAGGAGCGAUGAUGUGAGCAAGCUGAUUGAUCUGAAAAUACAUUUGGAUGGGAAAAAACAACUCUACGAACACGCCUUAUUUGAGUUGGGUGAAGUAAAAAGAAGCUUGAUGCCCGCGCGACUACCGAACCCCGAUUUGAAAACUGGUCUGGAGGUUCUUACCACCGGAAAAGCACCAUGGAUGCCAGAUGUGCGUAUACUGUAAAAUCAUUCUUGACCAUACUAACAGAAUUAGCUUGGAUAUCUUGAACCGCCCCCCUUGACAGCCAAGGAAAUCCUCAAAUCUUUUGAAAAUCUGAACACUCUUCUCUCCAUCCGAAUGAAUUUGCAUGAAUACGAUAAUCUACCCGUACAAUUUCGAGAUUACACCAUUCAAUCGGGUCGUGUGACCUUCAAAGUAGAAGGAGAGUUUGAGGUGGAUCUCGCAAUAGCUGACGAGAACCCGGAGGAACAAUUGUGGUUCAUUGACUUUAGAUUUCUAUUUUCGCCGACGGUAUCAGAGAUACCCUUUGCCGCACGCUCGUACAUUGAAAGUCGGGUCAACGAAGCUCUCCACAAGAAUGGUCUGAAGGGAUGCUACACCUUUCUACACAACUUUGUUCUUACUCACCAGAUUAGCGAGUUUAAGAGACAGGCACUAGCCCUAUCGAGCAGCAAAUGGGUAGAGGGCUUGAAGGUGGAACCCCUGCAUCGCGCUUUAUGCAUACAGUAUUGGGUCGGCAGAUAUGGUCCCAAGGGUCCCAAAAGUUGGAUUAUUCUUGGGGUUCAUAGUGGAAAGCGGAAGGAUCGCGUACCGCAUCCAAAAGAUACACCUCGAUUGUGCCUGAGAUGGUUCCGAGAUCAGAAAGAAGUCAAAGAUGUGGAUUUCGCUUUUGACACUGUUAAUAUCUCAGCCGAAUCACUUCUCAAAACAAUCAUUGCGAAGCACGUGGAACAUAUCUUGGUAUCAACCUACGAACACAUGAUGGCGAAACCUCUGUUUGCCAAGGGCGAGGCAGAUCUCUCGUUGAAGAUCUCGGCAAGGGAACCUGCGGAAUCCAAAUUAGGCGUACAGUUGACAAGUGAGCGAACUGUCUCGAUUCGCAUUGAACCUGUCACUGGCCGGUUUGUUUUACAUCCUGCGAGUCGCUUGGUGUACCCCUCCGAAAUGAAGCUCAACGACGAAAAAGACCCGGCCGAAAAUGCCCAUAACCGUAUUGAUCAGCUUAGAUACGAGGCCAUCAUGGACCACAUAGAUAGUCGUGGAUGGAGUGUUGGUUGGCGAAGAACUGGUAACCCGAGCGUUCCAAAAGAUGACCUGCAAAAGGUUGUUCCUAAGUCCACCUCUCAGGUUCUCUGGUACAUGAGAAAUGGUUGGGUCAAGAACUGGUACCUUGCUGUUGCGUUGGGCCCCUAUGGGGAGAGUUGGUUCUUGAUUGAAACGUAUGUUGUCUAUGAGGCCAGGUACCAAACAUUACUAACAACCAUAAUAGAACUGAACCAAUGCAACCACCACCAAUUCCAGGUACUUCAAAAAAUACAGAGAUCAAACCCAUACGAAGAAUAGCCAACCACAUUGCCAUUCCUAUCAGGAACCCUACGCCACUUCCCACCUACAACUUCCUGAAUACACUCCACGUAUUUGCAGCUGCCCUUAUCUCACAUCACGCAAAUCUCAAAGCAAUCCAUGACAUGCGUGCCUGGUCCGCGCUUCAAAAAUCCCGGAAGAUCAAAGGCCCCAUUCAGCUUCCAGCAAUAGCGUUACGAAUUUCUGACCUCAUUGGGCCCCGCAAAUGUGUCAAGGAUCUGAUUGAACUUAGAAUCAACGGACUCCAGAUUUUCCAACCCACAGAAUCUGGGCUCGCAAACGCCCCGCCAGCGAAUCAGCAUUCACCAAAUAGUGUUGCUCCACAAGGCCGAACGGAUGAGAAUCUUGUAAUUAUGACGGAAGCUCGUAUCAAAAUACCUCUGCCGCCCGCACUUAAAACCAUGAAGGAGAAGAUUGAUCGAGACGUUGCCUUCCACGUGAGUACUGGAAGCGUAUCUCUGCGGUUACGAAGCAAGAUUGGAGAGUCGAUCCUGCCUACUUUGACAAAAAGGACAAUGCGGGUUUUCCGCUUAAUCGAGUUUGUUAAUGUGCUGCAAGCGCACGAAGAAAAGUUGACCUGCAAGAACAUUUCACUGGGAAGGAUUGAAUUCACAUAUGGCAAAUCGGCAGACUCACUGAAUCUAGGCGAAUCGCCAGCUCCUUAUACAGCCGUAAUCGACUUCAGUGGAUCAGAUGACAAGAUGAGCCUUAUUUUGGAACGCGGCAAUCCACAUCUCGAAAUCGCCGACUAUCUGAAUCAAAUACUCAAUGGAAGUGAAGGUCUCAAGGGUGUGUCGACUAUAUUACCUCUUACGCUACCCGUUCUGAAAGCCUUGGAUGCUAUCAAAGCAACCUGGGCUUCUGUACCAAGCACCAAAGGCGAGGUAUUCGUACUUUCUCGAUCAGUAGAUCGUCAUCAAGUUCACUAUGAUCUUCUUCCGAUCGCUACGGAUCCGAACGCCUUUCCUCGUGGACGAAAGGUGAAAUUCGAAGUUGUACUAAAACACCGCAAUGGGGAAUCCUGGUGGUACAUCGCGCGGGUUCAAAAUGAAGGCGCGGAGGACGAUAUUGACAAGAUUUUGAAGCCCAUCUGGAACUCGAGUGGUACGGGUUAUCAAGGCAUGAGAACGAGUGCUGUGGCGCAAACGACUGGUGUCGAGGAGCUUUUGGACAAACUUGACAAAAUGGUUGGUCAAUAUGCCAUCUCGCAAAAGCCGGCUCCGAAACCAAUAUUACCGCCUCAGAAAACGAGACCACAGAUGCAGAUUUCGAUGCCGCCCCAAAGGGUUCAACAGAUGGUUACGCCGAAUAGCAGUCAGCAGAGUCAAAGUCAGAGUCAGGGACGGAUGCAGAACCGAGAGGUGGUGGAAAUUGAUUAGAAGGGAUAUGAUAGUGGGCCAGGAGUUGAUACGAUGAUGAGCAUUUUCGAGGUCUGGAAUAUUUACACCACAAUAGCAUUGAAAAAGGCGCGGGAUGGGGAAACUUCUUUUAUUUUCACUGGGAGGUUUUGAUGGACCUUUCGAUUGUUCUUUUACCCCUUUUUUUUCUUUCUCUUUGGGCUCGCGCUAAGGAAUGGAUACACUCCCACUUGGGAUUUUACCGAGUUCAUUUUUGGGAUGGUGGUCAGUCUAAUCGACUUUCUUCUCUUUGCGCUGGCGUUGUUGGGGAAUUGGGGGAUCAGUGAAGCUUCCUUGAGAUCUUUUUUUGUUUCUUUUGCGUACGCUCUUGCUUGCUUUUUCUUUUCUUAUAAAGGACUUAAAGUCCCAAAGCUGAGCUUCCCCCGCCUUUUCUCCCCCUUUUUUUAUUUUCUUUUCAAAUCUUCCCGUGGCCGGCCUUCCUUUGUGUUGGUGGGUCUUCUGUGUACUCUUCUUUUUCUUCUC